UUGCAAACAUCAAGGAAGGAAAAAAUGGCGCACCUAAGGCCGCCGGACGACCUGGCCUCUGCAGGAGAUCUGAUUACUUGCAUACCAAACGCAAUCCUUUCUGAGCUGUGCAUGAAUAUUUUGAUGUUCAUUCAGUAUAAAAAAUCUGAUGUUCAGACAUCCAGGAUCCAUGAGCUACUUCAAGCACAAGAUGUUUCUAUCACUGUUUCAGAAGUCCAAAAAGCUGCAAAUGCAAUCUGUUUUCAUUAUAGAUGCGCAGUGGCAAAUAAGAUGUCUACUGAAGAUCUAAUUGCAAGCCUACAAAAAUACAUGUUUUAUGCAGAUGAUAAAAUUAAAAUUAUUUCAGAAGCAUGGAAAUUGGAGGGUAAAUUUCUUAUGGAAAAUGACAUAAAAGACCAUUUGAAUGUUGGUGAGCUGGUAAGUCUUGACUGGAAGCUGAGUAUGGCUGUCAGCUCGACCAUGUGCAAGAGUUUAAACGCACCAAUCGUAACUAUGUUCAUUAAAGUUCUGAACCAAAACGGCGAAAUUAUUGGCAAAGCUUUUGAAAUGACUGUUGAUCAGUUUCAGAAAUUUUCAAAGCAGCUUGAAGACACAAAGUCUGUUCUAGAUACUGUUUGAAAAAUACCUGACUGCGCCUAGGCCCCAGGCUGCGAUCUCCACAAGUGCUUUUGAUUAAACACGACUGUCGACUUUUGUUUUACCAGGGAAUCUUCGCCGGCAAUAAUGUACGACAGUAUUACUAACUGAUUACGUAAUGCAGUUUAAUUUAGUUCGGCAGUGGAUCUUAACUGAUUUUUAGUGCGAUAUUAAACUUGACAUUAAUUGUUUUAAAAUAUUAACAAA